CUUCCGGCCACAGCUGCUCUGAACGUCAUUGCGUUUGACGGGGAAACAAUUUGGUGAAAGUUGAGAACUGUGUAUUGUACGUCUUGAAAGCUUUUCAAACAUGAUUUUACUCACAAUGAUCGCUCGGGUGGCGGACGGGCUUCUCCUCACUGGCUCGGUCCAGGACAGUGACCAGGCGGGAUUUGACUUCGCACACUACCAGAGCCAAGCCAAGCAGCUGUUUCGCAAGCUGUCAGCUCAAAGCCCUGACCGCUGCACAUUGGAGGCCAAUAACAAGAACUUCCACUAUUUAAUAGAAGAAGGUGUUUGCUACCUGUGUCUUUGCGAUGCCUCCUUUCCCAAGAAGAUGGCGUUCGCUUUCCUACAAGACCUCCAGAGCGAGUUCCACGACCAGUAUGGUCGGAGAGUGCCGACUGUAACAAGGCCGUACUCCUUCAUUGAGUUUGAUACCUUCAUCCAGAAAAAGAAGAAGUAUUACAUUGACAGCAGAGCCAGGAGGAACCUGGGCAGCAUUAAUAAUGAGCUACAGGAUGUUCAGAGAAUCAUGGUGGCCAAUAUUGAGGAGGUGCUGCAGCGAGGAGAAGCUCUCUCAGCUCUGGACACGAAGGCCAGCAACUUGUCCUCCAUGUCUAAGAAGUACCGCAGCGAUGCCAAGUACCUCAACACACGCUCCACCUACGCCAAAGUGGCUGCCGUGUGCGUCUUCUUCGUCACUCUUAUCAUCUAUGUUCGUUUCUGGUGGUUGAUUUAAACCUCGACAUUAAGAAUAUGUUUACUGUUUACCACGGUGCCUAGUAGAACGGGUCACCAUGAAGGAGGAGCUUGCACUGUCAUCACACAUGUAGGGGGGGUGUUCAGUUUAAGAGAUGGGCACAAGUAUUCAGGGACCACAUCACAGCUACACAGAGGAUGUUUUAUAAAACAGGUCUAUGCUCAUAAGUUAUUUAAAAUGUUUAAACUGUGAAUUUUUGUUCUUGACAGCAGAUUUGAGGUCUUAAUAAAGAGCAUAUUUUAUACAACAUUUUUUUAUUGCAGUGGACAAAAACAAG